CUUGCGCACACCAGAUGAACUAGAUUUCGUUGAAAAUGUACGAGAUGUCAGUAUGCCCAGGAUUGUCUCGGGCUGGGAAGCCGAGGAGGGCCAAAUCCCGUACCAGCUCUCCCUCCGCAUGGUUGACAGAAACGGAGGAGUCGCCGUUUGCGGCGCCACCAUCAUCCACAGCGAGUGGGGUCUCACCGCUGCUCACUGCACCGCCGGCCGUGUAACUAUCAUCAUUCGCGCUGGUGGUCGCGCCCUGAGCAACCCUCAGCUGCUGUUUGAGACGACGGACUAUUACAACCACCCCGAUUACGACGAGUCGCAAACAAGAGUGCAACCCCACGACAUAGGCGUCAUCAAGUUUGAUAGAGUCCUACAAUUCAAUGACCUCAUUCAGCCAAUCAGGCUGCAGGCGUCAGCGGACAUGUAUAAAAACUACGACAUGAUCCGACUGCAGACCAGCGGUUGGGGACAAACAUGGACCAACGGCCCCUCCCCCGAGGUGCUGAACUGGGUGUACCUCCUCGGCACCAGCAACACGCGCUGCAGAGCCGCCUUCGGUGGAGGCUCCAACAUCGUAGACUCCACCAUCUGCGCCAGCAGCUACAACGUCACCAGCCAGUCCACUUGCCAGGGUGACAGCGGUGGCCCGUUGGUCGGGAUCGAUGUGGACGGCGUCCCAUCGCAAGUUGGUGUCUUUUCCUUCGUGUUCGGCGGUGGCUGCCACAUCGGCUUCCCUGCUGGUUUCGUCCGCCCGGGACCUUAUCACGCAUGGUUGAGGGAAGUGACUGGAAUCAACUUCGACUGGAACCCACCUUCCACCACGCCCAGCCCAACCACGCCGCGUGAAGAAGUACCGGUAGAGGAUGACGAUACCACUGAUCCUGCAGAAGACUCAUCUGUGUUGCAGUGA